GUCCAGCAUUUGGUUUGUUUGCAAAUUGCAAUUGAAGUGCAUUUCAAACAAACGUAAACUAUAUUUCAUUUCAACCGCAAUGUCUUCAAUCAUUUUAUCUCAUCUGAGAUCUAAUCGGAGAUGUUUGCAAAUAUCGAUGGGUUUGGCGACCAAUUGCUGGAAACGAAAAGACUACAUUUUAGAUCAAUUGGACAUAAAUAAGACAUAUAUUCUGAUGAAUACAAACACUCGACCAAUGAUUCCGAUUCUUGUGCCCAAUUUGAGUCACUUUCAGAUAACCGGCAAAACAGAUAACAGAGACAUAAUAGAAGCGGAAAGGGAUGUACGGGUCGUGAAGGAGGCGCCGGGUGUGGAGGGCUCGUCAGUAGCCAUGCGUCUGGACUUCCGUAUAAUACGAGACCCGAGAUCUUACACUCACUUAACGGUCAUAAGGAGGAGGAAAAUGUCGAAACACAAGCGCAAGAAAUGGAGGCGAAAGAUGUUGGCCUUCCUUAAGAAGAAGUAUUUGCGCAGAAAUAUCAAGAAAGAGAAGACCUUUAGGGCUGAGCUCUUGGCGCAAAUCAAAGAGGCCGAGGAGUUUGACGCCGAGAAGUACGUCCAGAAUAUUCUGCAGACCAUCGAUAGUAUGCCACAAGAAGACACUCGCGAGCAGAAGAUUGAGAAAAUCAAAGACUUGAUCCGCAAGAAUAGAAAGGAAACCAAUUUAAUUCCUCCCAAAUUUCUAGACUAG